AUGGCGCAGCGGCUCUUGCCCCUGCCCAGGCAGCAGUCCCUCUACCCGCCCAGCGUCCGCAACCCCUUCGUGCACGAGGGGCGCCUGAGCGCCCGCGACAAAGCCCGGAUUGUCCUAUUGGGGAUUAUCCUGCUUCCAUUUCGUGCCAUAUGCAUUGCAUUAAUUUUGCUGCUGUCAUGGCCAUUUGCAGCAAUUGCAACUUUCUGCCAUUCUGGAAGAGGGUCCGUGCCGCUCAUGGGAUGGAAGAGGAGAGUGACCCAGUGUGCCCUCCAGUGCUUAGGUCGUGUUAUGUUCUUCUUGAUGGGCUUCCAAGUUGAAGUGAAGGGGAAAGUAGCAGGUCCCUUGGAAGCCCCAAUCCUUGUUGUAGCUCCUCACUCAAGCUUCUUUGAUGGAAUUGUUUGUAUCAUAGCUGGAUUGCCGUCGAUCGUAUCCAGGUUAGAGAACCUGUCGGCCCCCGUAUUUGGCACAAUUCUCAGAUCCCUCCAGCCUGUACUGGUAUCACGUCUAGACCCAGAUUCUCGAAGGAAUACAAUCAAUGAGAUAACUAAACGAGCAACAUCAGGAGGCCAGUGGCCACAGGUACUGAUUUUCCCAGAAGGCACCUGUACAAAUCGAUCCUGUCUGAUCACCUUUAAACAAGGAGCCUUUAUUCCAGGAGUUCCCGUGCAACCGGUGCUGCUCCGAUAUCCAAACAAACUGGAUACUGUGACCUGGACAUGGCAAGGCUAUUCAUUCAAAGAACUUUGUGUGAUGACUUUUUGCCAGCCGUUAACGAGGGUAGAAGUUGAGUUUCUACCUGUCCAUGUUCCUACUGAGGAAGAGAAAAAGGAUCCUACUCUUUUUGCCAACAGAGUCCGUAAUACCAUGGCAACGGCUUUGAAUGUGCCAGUUACAGACCAUACUUUUGAAGACUGCAGACUUAUGAUUUCAGCAGGACAGCUGACCUUGCCCAUGGAAGCAGGGCUGGUGGAGUUUACCAAAAUCAGCAAGAAACUGAAUCUAAAAUGGGAUCCUAUCCGAGAUCAACUGGAUACAUUUGCUGCUAUUGCAAAUGCCUCCAAAGGGGGAAGAAUUGGAAUGGAGGAGUUUGCCGAGCACUUGAAGCUGCCUGUCUCAGAUGUUCUCAAAGAGCUGUUCCUACUCUUCGAUAGGAAUGGAGAUGGCACCAUAGACUUCCGAGAAUACGUGAUUGGUUUGUCUGUUCUUUGUAAUCCUGCCAACACAGAAGAGACUAUUCAGAUGGCAUUUAAGCUCUUUGACGUUGAUGAUGACGGCAGCAUAACAGAAGACGAGUUUGCUUGUAUUCUCCGGUCAUCUCUCGGAGUCCCUGACCUUGAUGUUUCUCAACUCUUUAAGGAAAUAGACACAGAUAAUUCUGGGAAGAUCGCCUAUAAUGAGUUUAAGGACUUUGCAUUUAAGCAUCCAGAAUAUGCCAAGUUAUUUACUACAUACCUAGAGCUACAGAGGUGCCAUCUACAGACAGACGAAGAAGAUGAUUAUCAGACACCAGAAGACACAUACUCACAGAGUAAGACAUCACUCUCAGAAAAGACCCCAAUCGCAAGAAAUAAAGUUGGUCCUGAAAGCAAUGAAGAAGACCUCUCAAGUACUUCAGACAAAAAGGAUGACUAA